UGCCCCCUUACAUCAUGUGUCCCCAUCAGAGUGCCCCCUUACAUCAUGUGUCCCCAUCAGAGUGCCCCCUUACAUCAUGUGUCCCCAUCAGAGUGCCCCCUUACAUCAUGUGUCCCCAUCAGAGUGCCCCCUUACAUCAUGUGUCCCCAUCAGAGUGCCCCCUUACAUCAUUUGUCCCCAUCAGAGUACCCCCUUUUAUCAGGUGUCCCCAUCAGAGUGCCCCCUUACAUCAGGUGUCCCCAUCAGAGUGCCCCCUUACAUCAACUGUCCCCAUCAGAGUGCCCCCUUACAUCAGGGUGUUACUAUCAAUGUGCUCUCUUACAUCAGGUGUCCCCAUCAGAGUGCCCCCUUACAUCAGGUGUCCCCAUCAGAGUGCCCCCUUACAUCAACUGUCCCCAUCAGAGUGCCCCCUUACAUCACGUGCCCCCAUCAGAGUGCCCCCUUACAUCAGGUGCCCCCAUCAGAGUGCCCCCUUACAUCAGCUGUCCCCAUCAGAGUGCCCCCUUACAUCAGGUCUCCCCAUCAGAGUUCCCCCUUACAUCAGGUCUCCCCAUCAGAGUUCCCCUUACAUCAGGUGUCCCCAUCAGAGUGCCCCCUUAGAUCAAGUGUCUCCAUCAGAGUGCCCCCUUAGAGCAGGUGUCCCCAUCAGAGUGCCCCUUAGAUCAAGUGUCUCCAUCAGAGUGCCCCCUUAGAUCAGGUGUCCCCAUCAGAGUGCCCCCUUAGAUCAGGUGUCUCCAUCAGAGUGCCCCCUUACAUCAAGUGUCUCCAUCAGAGUGCCCCCUUACAUCAGGUGUCUCCAUCAGAGUGCCCCCUUACAUCAGGUGUCUCCAUCAGAGUGCCCCCUUACAUCAGGUGUCUCCAUCAGAGUGCCCCCUUACAUCAGGUGUCUCCAUCAGAGUGCCCCCUUACAUCA